AAAGCCUAUGAGUUGCUUCUGAACAAUAGCCACACUAAUACAUACAAAAGCUUCAGGGCAGCAGCCUAUUCUCAGUUCAAUUCCAACAAAAACAAUGGAAUCCACCCAUUUAUGUCUCAAAUCUAUUCACUUGAGCACAAUGAAUGAACCUAAUAAUGGCAUUUAAGCUAGCAAGCUACAAGCUUCUCUGCCAAUUUCCACACACCGACCAUGCCACUAAUUGCAUCCCCUGUGAAGAACAAUCCCUCCCUACUUGCCCGGAUUGCUCUCACUUCUUUCUCAGCAUAUAUCCUUCCUCUUUGCUCCCGUGGUGGCUAACUGGUGGCGAAGAGAAGAGGAAUACGGAGACGGACUCGCUCGGGACAAAAGAGAAAAGGAAGCUCGGCGGCGUGGAGGCAGGUUGGGAAGGUGAAUGCUUCGGGAAUUAAGGUUGGCGACUUGGCAGGACCAAUUUGACAAUUUCGGGGGCACAAUCCGCAUACAGUAUACAACAUCCGUUAUUACGGUAUAUCAUUUCACCGUCGGUAUAUACCGUUUAUUUUUCGGUAUUACCGAUACCAUUUUCUAUCUGCCGUAUACCGAUACUAAAAUUAAACGGUAUAUCGAAUACAGUCGGUAACCGGUUAAACUGGAUACUAGAUUACCGAUUACCAUCUCUAAUGAUAUUGAUGCUAGCAAUGUUGAUUCAUAAAACUUUGAUGCUAAUGUUGCUCUUGUAUUGUUGAUGCUAAUGAUAUUUUGGAUGCCAAUGAAGUGUUGCUCUUGUUGUUGUUGUUGAUGCUAAUGACAUUUUGGAUGCUAGUGUUGCUCAUCUUGUUGUUGAUACGAAUCUUGCUCCUACUAAAAGUAUUAGUGAUACCCUUGAUGUGGUGGAUCAAACUAAUUUUGAUGAUUUUUAAAAAUUGUUAUUUUUUAUCCUAGAAGAUGAGAUUCUCAUCAUUCCAAGAUGAUUUAUAUUUUGGUUGAGAAGGGUCCCGAAGAGAUUUCUCUACUAGAGAAGUUUUCAGAAAAAAAACAUUGUGCAAGUUGGUUUACUAGAGUUUUACCGAAUGGUGAAAAGCGUGAUAGGAUUGGCUUGUUUAAUCGAAAUAGCUUGAUAGAGUAUUUUGUUUUUGUUGUAAACUUUCCAAGGUGUAAAGGGUCAAUUUGCAAAUGAAGGUUUUAGUGAUUGGUCACAUAUUAUAGGUAGGAUGAGAGGGCAUGAAACUAGUCUAGAAAAUUAUUAAAAAUUGGCUAUUUGGUAUGAUUUGCGUCUGAGACUUCAAAAGAACCAAACAAUAGACAAAGUAGCUCAAAAAGAAUUUGAGAAGGUAAAGUGUCAUUGUAGAAAUGUUAUAUUGAGAAUGAUUUCAAUGGUUAAGUUUCUUGCUAAAUAUAAUAUUGCAUUUCUUGGUAGAAUGAAAAAUUAUUUGAAAAUAGCAAUGGUAAUUUUUCAGGUCGAUUGAGAUGUUGGAUGAGCUUUAUCAUGUUAUUCCAGAGCAUUUUCGUCGCAUUACAAAUGAGGAGAUUAAUCGUCAUUAUCUUGGUCAUAGAAUUUAAACUGAAAUUAUACUGUUGCUUGCCAAUGCAAUUAAAUCUAAAAUUAUUGGAAAGAUAAAGAAAACAAAGUAUGUUUAUGUUAUUCUUGGUUGUACUCCUAAUAUAAGUUAUCAAGAACAAAUGUCAAUUAUAUUAAGGUAUAUGAAUCUCUCUUCAAAGUCUAUUUCAAUUGAUGAGUCUUUUGGGGGGAUUUUGGAAGUGAAUGAUACUACUAGUCUAGGAUUAUUUGAUGUUUUUAAAGUUUAGUUGAAUUCUCUUGAUGUUGACAUUGAUAACAUUCGAGGUCAAUCCUAUGUCAAAUGGAUGAAACAUGAAAAGGUAAAUGCCACAUUUGGUCAUUGAGAUUACUAAAUCGUGUCAUAUUUAGUCACUAGAAAAGUUUAAUAUCAAUUUUGGUCACUCGAAUUACUGAAACUGGUCACAUUUAGUCACUCUCCCAUUAGUUUCCGUCUAACUCCAUUAAUUGAGUUAGACGGAAACUAACGGGAGAGUGAAUAAAUGUGACAUGUUUCA